CCGAGGGCUCGGAGGGGGCGGCGCGGCGUUCAAACGCGGUGGCGGCGCAGAAAGGGACUGCGGCACGGAGGUGGCAGCUCCGUCCCGAUUCGGGUCCCGGUUCCGUCCGGUGCGCUGAAAAUAAAGUUGACCAAGAACUGGAACAAGAUGGCAUCCGUGCUCCAUAAUGUCAAAGCAACAGUGGCGUGGCGGAAACACCAGCUCCUAGCUCACCUCAACGAGGAUGAGAGCCCUAUGCCUGACAAAUUCAAGAGAAGGGCCUCUCUGAAUUCUGUCAAUACCAUCCGCAUGUCUUUAAGGAAACGGGUACCAUUAAAACGAGUCAAGCUGGAUUUUCAUAAAACCCCAGCUAGGGAAAGUCUGGAACCAAGGCAGAGGUGCCAAACUCUUCAGACUAUUAAAAGAACAGCAAAAUAUGCUCUUGGAACAGUGUCCCAGAAAAUACAGAAGUCUUGCCAAAGCCCAGUAAGCGCAAUGGUGACCUUUCCAGCUGAAUCCAUCAGCAGAAGCUCUGUGACCAGUUCUACCAAAAAAAGAACUGCUACACCUCGAACACCUUGCUGUAAGAGUGUUACUCCAGCAGCCAGUUCCAAAGGCACUCCAAGGUCCAGCAAAAGGGCCUUGCUUGGGCCAACAAGAGUGUCAGAACAUAGAGAAUGGAGGGAUUUCUCCUGCUGGCUUGGUAAAAAUGCUCUCUCUCUCCGGAGAUCCAGAAGAGCAGCAGCACUGAAGAGCCCUUAUUCAUCUCCUGCUCCUUCCAGCAGAAAGAUAGAGUUUGACUCUGAGUUGGAACCGGUCUCCUCAGGGAUUUGCCAGUUGAAGCGUAUCUCCCAAGCAUUUGAUGAUGCCAUUGUGAAAGAGGAGAGGUUCUCUCAUUCGUAACUGAAGAUAGUAGCAACCAGGCAACAAGCAAUAUCAAACUACUACUGUCUAAUGGCACAAAACUCACAGUCUGUACAUCGAUCCCUGAAACCAUCUCAAGCUAUCAGAAGGCAAGCAAAGAAACUCCAUCAAGCACUUGGUACCUAGACAGAGAUGGCUGUAAUUAUUUUUUCAUGUUUCCAAGUUUAUGAGCACAUAUAAGGGAGAGGUCUGAGAAGCACCUGAAAGGCUGCGCUCUACAAACUUAAAUGAGCCAUUACACUUUUUUUUUUUUAUGAAACAGCUCAGGACUUCCCUUGCUUUCUCUUUGCAAGUAAAGAUAGAAUCAAAAUAGUACCAACCACUGUGUACUAUCCCUGCUGAGAUGAGGGAACGAUAUUGAAAGUGACUUUCAUGAGGCAGUAAGUACUUAGAAAAUGAUGUGGAACUGGCCAGUAAGAAUGGCCAAAGCAAGGGAUUAUGACAGACUUAUGAAGGGUAAUCCUAGGUAAAAGUAGUGCUUAAGUUGGUAUCCAGCAGCCACGAGAUUUAGCACACUUUCCAUGUGAAAAAGAUUGGUCUAUUAUUUUGAAAGCCUAACUUGUUGGGGUUUUUUUGUUACUAGCAAACUAAAGUUAUUGAUCAUGUUAGCUGGAAGUUAAUAAAACAGUAGUGGCUUCUUUGAGUUCUAAGCAAAACUGCCAUUCCAAAGCAACAGGAUUCUAUGGAGUCACUCAUGCCACAAGAACAGAGCCAUUUUAGGACUCUUACUUCAUGGCCUUAAGGGUUAGCCAUCUAAUCCUAUCUUAGGUAGUUUAGCUCCAGAUAAAUCAAAGCAACUUUGUAAUUUCUUACUAAUGCUUUAGACAGCAUCUUGGCAGUUGAGUUAAACAUUGCUUUUGUGCUGCAUCUGUCUUUUAGUUAUACACAGAAAUUUGUUACUACAAUUAAUGUAAUGUCUUGUGACCACUGUUGCAAGUAGAAGUGGAAGUAUUGUGAUUCUGUAUACUUAGCAUUUGAUAUCUGUAUUUUGCUUCUAAUUACUUUUAAAAAAAUUAACAUUCAUUUGACAAGCCUUUUUUGGUGUGUCGUUCAGUAUAACAAAGUUUAGUCUUUCACAUGAAAGCAAAGAUUUGUCAAGAUUUUAGAAUUCAACUGUAGGGCUGUUUUCCAUGGUAAGCUUUGUGCAGGCUUCUCCAAUUAUGUUCACUCUAAAAUGAACUUUCAAACAAAAGACUGAUUUGGGAAACUUUGCUCUACUUGAUAAUUUUUAAAAUGUGCAUGUGACCUAGUAGUUCCAGUGUUACUAAAAGUUUGAUGGUAUCAGGUAUAAACAUGAAAAGCAUUAAAUUAUGAUUUAUGUAUAAGUAUUGAUUUUUAAACUUGCUCCCAAUUUUUCUUUUUUUUUUCUUGUCAAAUGAACCCAUUUUAAAACAUUUGAACAGUUAAUGAGGCCUGGAAAUAUGAAAGCAACCCUUCCAGCCUGAAGACUUCUAGACUUUCAGAUGACUGAGAAUUGUAACUUGUGUUAUUUCUUGAUCUAGUGUUUGUGUGUGUUUUGUGGGUUUUUUAAUAACUUUUCUAUCUGGAAGUAUAAGUAUAGUAUCUCCAAGUUGUUCUUUGUAUGUCCUGACAGUACUUCUACAAAGCUUUCACAAAUAUGUUGUCUCAUUAGUGAAAUGCCUUUUUCUAUGACUUUUGAAAAGGAAGGAGGGUUGGAGGUUUUUGAAAAGUUGACCUCCAAUCUAAGUAUUAUUUCAAACAGAUCAACCAGCUUCUAUUUGUAAUGUUUCCACCAGCUACUCGGACAUAUACAAUCAUGAUCCAAUAUUUAUCAAAUUACUGGUAAGAAAAAUCAGUGACACUGUUUGUUUAAAGGCAACGAAAGUUUUAUUUAAGUGGCUAAUCUGUUUUAAGAUUUUAAAAACCAGCUCACAUCAAAAUCUAUAGCAGUUGUAGAAAUCUUACUCCUUAUUUCAUAUUAAGAAAUUCAUUAUUGUACAUUUUUGAAUCUUUACAAGGCAGCCUUAAGAAAUAUAAACAUUUGUCACCAGAUAGAACCUUCUCACUGACAAUAUUUAAAAGUAUGCACUUAAUAAAACUAUAGACUGAAAGAACACCUACAA